UCAGUUCUUCUGGCUCUGCAUUGCAAACCCUAACCGGCUAACCCUCCUUGGGGUCAAAUUGGAGUCUAGAAUCUAAAUCUGCUGUUUAAUUUGCAGUAUAAGAUGAAGAGAGCGUGGAGCGAUAAGGAUGAUGAUUCUUCAUCAUCGUCAGACUCAGAUGCUGAAUCUGACGACAGUGUUGGCAAGCGAAAGAAAAAAACUUCUCAAGUUAAUUCUGGAAGGAAAAAGAGUGGUGUUGACUUUGAAGCAUUGAAGCGAUUUGGAUACAGAGGUGGACUAUCAGUUCUAAAAGUGCCCCCACCAAAAGAAGAUGAGAAACAAGAUUGGUCUUGGUCUACUGGCAGAGAACAUUGUGAAGUUAAGAAAUAUGAGGAAUCCUCUGAAGAACAACAUAAAACAAGAGCUGGAGUGCUGGAUGAAGCGCAGCUGACAAAUGUACAAACUCAGAAAGAGGAGAAGAAGAAUCUUUCUUUUUCCCAGAAGGAGAAGAGGAAAAGAGAGCUUGGUCAGGCUAGUAGGGGGAAGAGUUAUGUGGAAGAAGAGAAGAGGUUGUUAAGAGAAAGUGGUAUUUAUUCUGGGUUUGACACAUGAUCCAAUGCUUACAAACAUAUUUCCGUAGAAUAUAAUGCGUGCAAUAGCCUUAUCAUGAAGAACCUUUAUUGCUGUAAAAAAUUGUGCUGUAACCUGUAAUUCACAGUUCUGAGUAUUAUGACUUUCACUACAAAUGUGUUGCAUUGCACAGAUGUUAAAUGAGUGACCAUGAAACUAGAAACUAUAAA